UUUCAGUCAAUUUUGCCGUCCGAAAUAGUUUGCAUAUCGCGUGAAACUUGGAUAGAAAGCAAAAAAAUAGUAUUUCAUUUUGAAUUGUUUCUUCACAGUUUAAAAACCCGUGAAUCAGUGGCACUCGGGUUGCAAAUUGCAGCGACCAUAAAUGUACAACAUUGCUCCACCGUAAAGCACAGUAACUGCAGCAAAAAUGGGUGGACAAAAAUUCCAGUACGAUGAAAGCGGGGCAACGUUUUUCUACUUUAUUUUAUCGUUCCUCGCAUUAGUGCUUAUUCCUGCUACAUUCUACUUUUGGCCACGCAAAAAGAAAGACGACCCCGAGCGAUUUAAAGCUGAAUGUCAAUGUGAAGCAUGUCUGCAAAAACGUAUCCAGAUAUCACAUUCCGAUCCGUACAAGGGCGUAAAGGCAUUCUUCACCAAAGUCGCUAUAAUUGGCGGCUGGGCGUUACUUGCAUUUUUGACCUACAAAGUAUCUCAGUUUGAUUAUGAAAUGUCAAAUUUCGACCCAUACGAAAUUCUGGGCGUCCCGUUAGGUUCCUCCCAGAAGGAUAUCAAGAAAGCGUACCGUACCCUGUCAGUGAUCUUGCAUCCGGACAAAGAAACCGGUGACGAAAAGGCAUUUAUGAAACUCACCAAAGCGUACCAGGCGCUAACGGAUGACGAAGCUCGAAAAAAUUGGGAGAAAUACGGAAAUCCAGACGGCCCAGGGGCAACGUCUUUCGGCAUUGCGCUUCCAUCCUGGAUAGUUGAGAAGGAGAAUUCUGUAUGGGUACUUGGCCUGUAUGCACUGGUAUUCAUGGUGGCUCUACCGACCGUUGUGGGCACCUGGUGGUACCGGUCGAUUCGAUACAGUGGCGACAAAGUACUGCUUGACACAACACAAAUGUACUUCUACUUCUUCCAUAAAACACCGCACAUGGCUCUCAAGCGCGUGGUCAUGAUUCUUGCUGCCAGCUUGGAGUUUGACAAGAGACACAAUGCACAGGUGGUGGAACGUCAAUCUGACAAUGAGGAGGUGCCUACGCUAAUCAAACAAUUACCGCAUCUAAACGAAAAAUGUAAAGAACUUCCACUUUGUCGUAUGUACUCUAUCAAAGCUCGUGCGAUCCUACAUGCACAUCUUAGCCGUAUGAUGUUGAAUCCGCAAACGCUGGACAAAGAUCGUCAAUUUAUCGUGAAGAAAUGCCCACAUCUCAUUCAAGAAAUGGUCAGCUGUGUAAAUCAGUUGAUCAUGCUAGCUUACGCCCGUCGAAUUUCCAAGCUACCGACCAUCGAAACCAUUGAAAACUGUAUGAAACUGUCACCUAUGAUCAUUCAAGGAUUGUGGGAAGCUAAAAAUCCACUUCUGCAACUACCACACGUAACCGAGGAUUAUUUGCGUUACUUCGUGUCGAAAAAACGUCCCAUUCGGAAUCUGCAACAAUUUGCGCAACUUCCGCCGGAUGAAAGCCGUGGAAUUUUGCGCAGUCUUAGUGACUUCGAGUACGAAAACGUUAUUAAAGUACUCGGCAAAAUGCCGCUGAUCGAUUUCAGUGUCAAGUGUGAGGUGGUAGAUGAUGAAAAUUCGAACGUAGUCACAGCCGGGGCGAUUGUCACUGUUACUGUCGAAUUGGUAAGGCGCAGCAUGAGUGAGCUAUUUGGAGACACCAACGCAAAGGAGAAGCAAGGCAUUACUGAGGGUAGCGAGGAAGGAGCCGAAGGAGCAGAAGACGGUGCAGAAACAGGACAGGUCAAAGACGAAAAAGAGAACGCCAAAGCUAAGAAGCCAGCCUGGCAGCCGAAGACCAGUAAGGGUGGCCACAAGAGCAAAAGUAAAGGCGGUGCUAACAAAAGCAAACAGCAUCGCCAAGCUGCGGCUGCGGCUGCAGCUGCUGCUGCCGCUGCCGCUCAAAAUCAGUCUAACAAAACCGAUAAGACUAAAACAAACGAUAAAGUCCGCAAAGACGACACGGAUGCUGACAGUGGAGCAGAGACUGAUAACGAUGGCAGCUCAGAUGAGGACAAGAAAUCGUCUAUGGAAGACGACGAUGUUGAAUGGGAGAAGUUCCAGCAAAAAAUCAACAAGCGUGAAAAACUGGAAGGCAAAUCCAAAGUAUCCCAUCCCGUUCAUUGUCCCCUGUUCCCGGAGGAAAAGUUCGAAUACUGGUGGACAUAUAUCUGCGACAGAAAAUCACGAACUCUGCUGACCGCCCCGUAUCAGGUUACCAGUUUGGUACAUCGCGAAGAAGUUCAUCUUAAGUUUACCGCACCAAAGUGGCCCGGUAUAUAUAACUUCACCGUGUGUCUGAGGUCUGACUCCUACUUAGGAAUGGAUCAACAGGUGGAUCUGAAGUUGGAUGUGAAGGAAGCGGCCGCGAUACCCACUGAACACCCGCAGUGGGACGUCAGCGAGUCCGAAUCGGAUAACAACGAACAGCAGGCGAAUGAGAGUGAAUUCACCACCGACUCAUCCGAUGCGGAAAAUGACGACUAAAGUGGUUACUUGUUGGGACACGCAAAAUCUAGAUGCGUGAUUAUCGUCUUCUUGAUGUAACAGGUAUCUUUAUAAAUGACACUUUUGAAUCGAAACCAUAAUCUCUCUUAUUCUUGUUUAUGGCCGUAUCGGCCAUUCGUAUGAAUAAAUCAAUUUCAAAAAAUAGUUCGAUUCAACAAAGCCUAAGAACACGGUCGAACGAUAAUAAGAAUAAGGCUGAAUAAUGUAUGUCACAUUCUCUACAAUAAAGCAAACUUCAAACCUGUAGCAAUAAAAACAAAGAAAUAUUCCAAAACCAAGCCAAAGUUGCUACUAAGCUAUUAUGGAAUACAACAACUUUGGACCCGUUUUUCUCAAAACUGCCAAAACUAGAUACCCAGCUGUUGCAUUAAGAGGACGAUAAAUUUAUCUCUGUGAGUGUUCAGUUUUCAGAACAGAACUCUAAUAGCAGUGGAGUGAAAGAUUUCCGACUGACAUGCGCAAGCAAGACACAUGUUUUCUAUUAUCUUCUUCAAUUACAAAACUAAAACCAUAAAAACUGCGCGGUGUAAAAGGACAACUAUAUUGUAAACCGAAAAACUUUUUAGAAAAUAUAGGUAAAAGAAAAAAAACUAAGUUAUAGUAGCUAUAUAGUGAACAAAUUCACAAGUUCACGCCACACAAUCACAGAAGGAAAUCUUUAAAUAAUGAAAAACAAGCAAAUGCUAUCAAAAUGGUUUUUGGU